CUUCCUAUACUCUACCUCAAAACUUGACCCCAAAUGGAAGACCAAUAUUGCAGUAAAAUAGGCAACCAAGAUGAAGUACAACACCCUCAAGUGGCUGUGGUGAUGGUACCAUUUCCAGCCCAAGGCCAUUUGAACCAGCUCCUCCAUCUCUCUCAUCUCGUAACCUCCUACGGGUUACCAGUUCAUUAUGCUGGAUCUGCCUGCCACAACCAGCAAGUGAAGCUCCGACUCCAUGGUCGGAACUCUGAAACUUUAAAUAAGAUCCAUUUCCAUGACUUCCAAAUCCCUCUUAGUUCACCCCCUCCCAAUCCCGACCCCUCUAUCCUUUUCCCCACUAACCUUGAACCACUAUUCGAUGCUUCUACACAUCUCCGUCAACCUGUUUCCCAACUCUUACAAGAACUCUCUACAAAGUCCAGGAGAAUCAUCAUCAUUUUUGAUAGUCUAAUGACUUCUGUGAUCCAAGAUGUAAAAUUCAUCCCAAAUGCUGAAUCCUAUGUCUUCUUUCCCGUCUCUGCCUUUAUCAUGUUCUUAAAUAUCUGGGAAGAAAUACCCGAAAAGCCUUUUCAGCUAGAUUUUGAUGUCCCAGAAUGCAUACCCUCAAAUGAAGGGUGCUUGACGCCAAAGGUUUUUAAUUUCAUAGUCAAUCAACAACUACUUUUGGGGUUUGAGGCAGGAAUACUAUACAACACAUCAAGGCUGAUAGAAGGUAGAUUUGUUCAACUAUUGGAGAGGCUAUCAAUAAACCCUGAAACAAAGCACUUUUCUGUUGGACCUUUGAAUCCAGUGGAAAAAGAAAGCAAAAAUGAUAGUCAUAUAUGCCUACAAUGGCUAAACAAACAAGAGGCAGGUUCGGUGAUAUAUAUCUCUUUUGGAUCAACAACCUCGAUGACUGAUGAGCAAAUCACGGAGUUGGCAAUAGGUUUGGAAAGAAGCGGACAAAAGUUUAUAUGGGUACUCAGAAGAGCCGAUACAGCUGACAUAUUUUCCAGCAAUGAAGUGAGAAAUCCUCUGUUACCGGAAGGGUAUGAAGGGAGACUGAAAAAUAGGGGAAUGGUGGUAAGAGACUGGGUACCCCAACUGCAAAUUCUAGCACAUCCAUCCAUAGGCGGUUUCAUGAGUCACUGCGGGUGGAACUCAUGCAUGGAGAGCAUCAGCAUGGGUGUGCCAAUGGCAGCUUGGCCCAUGCACUCCGAUCAACCCAGGAAUGCCGUUUUGGUGACAGAAGUGCUAAAGAUUGGUACACUGGUGAGGGAUUGGGCUAACCGUGCUGACCUAGUGACGUCAGAUACUAUAGAGAAUGCAUUGAACAGAAUGAUGACAUCAGAGGAAGGAAAGGAGAUGCGAAAAAGGGCUGCAGAACUGGGUGAUGCUGUCCGAGCAUCAGUUGCUGAGGGUGGUGCUUCUCGUGUAGAAAUGGAUUCUUUCAUUAGUCAUGUCACCAGAUGAAGAUAUGCAGAUUUCUCUCUUAAAAAGUGGUCCUUUCACAAAGAAUCUUAGUUGCUUUGAGUCCAGAAGGAUCAACAUCCAGUUGUGUUGUAGUGUCUUAUACUUCGUACUAUUCACAUGUUCUGCUUAUCUAUUCUCAAACUAUUUGCAUCAUUUUAUCAUAAGUACGCAAGCAUUCUUAAGUUUUCCAAUAGUUCCUAUUCCAAUCACAAUUGUGUUCAACGUGGGGAAAUACUACAAGACUCACCAGAUACCAAUCAACUAUUUCCCUUUUUCUGAGCACUUUUAUCCAUUUUUCAGAGCUUCUAUGCAUCAUUGCAAGCCUGUUUCUCAGCUCUUACAGCACCUCUCACCUAUGUAUAAGAGAAUAGUUGUUAUUAAUAACAUUGCGUAUGCUUUUGUGGACCAAGAUGUAAAGUUUAUCCCCAAUUACUGAACCCUGUAGUUUAUUUCCCA